UACGGGGAAAUUAUUUUUUCCUGUUUGAUUAGGUGUCUACAGUCCAUCAGUGGGACAGGGGAUUGUAUGUAUAUUGCUUGAUUGUUCUACCCCUGUUCCCACUCUCCCUACCCCCCGUGUUCUGUGAUUACCGGGACUUCUCAAGUACCGCACCGGUUCAGACUGAUGUCGACGGAACAGGACACCGGGGCACUGCCACGACGCAGUGCCAGAAUCGCAGUUCGUGCCCGCCCUGCAGUACCUCCAAGACCGAAGAAACUCAGCAGGCGGACGACUCCAGCAGCAUCAAGUACGGCAUUGACGGUACAAGACGCCACCGGAGAUCAUCCCGCAUACCCAGUCCGAGGAGCCAAUGAGCCAGCGGCUGAUUAUCGUCGGCGGCUACUGGCAUUUACGGAAGCCGUAGCUGCUGUCGAGGCCCGGAAGGAGACAGCAGAGGCAGAACGUCAGUGGCUAGCCAAUGAAGCGGCAGCCGAAGCUCAGCGAAUGACUGAGACUGACGCAGCGACACGAGACAGACGGAAUGCCAGCAACACGGAGUCCUUGAUUGCUUGUGAGCAUCAGUGGACGACGAUACUCCAAGACAUGAUCUUUGUGCCUACAGAAGCGCAGGCAGACCCGACACCGGUGGAGGCAGAGAGAAGUAACCUGGCUAACUUGCUGCUGGGCAUGAUGAGAGGUAUUAUGUGGAAUAAUACACUGCUGCAGUCACAUCUGCGCACGGACGCGACGCAGCGACAAACAUACAAGAAUGAUAUGACUACGUUAACAACUGCUAUCCGCACAGAGGCAAUGCAGCAGCAGCAACAGCAUCAACUGUUGAAUUCCACUAUCACACACGUCAACAGCAUAGUGGCUAACGCCUCAGCAGCGCCAGGCUGCACGACAGACGUGACGAAGCAAUUCAACGAGCGCAUCGAUCAUGUCGUCACCAUCAUCGGCGACAUAAGUACUUUCAACGGACCAGACUCGAUCAGCAGCACGGUGGCSGCCAUCAAGACGGACAUCACCAAACUACAGACGAGACUGGAAGCCGCUACAAAGACGUUCAAGAUGCCGCACUUCGACAUCAGCAAGUUCGACGAUUACAACAAGUCGGACGCCUUGUCAUGGUGGCAACGCUUCCUCACGGAAGCAUCAUGCCGCAUGGUCCCGGCGGACGACAUGUUGAAGGCACUAUAUCUGCAGCUGAUUGGAGGAGCGUAGGGAUGGAUGAACCACCUAGCGGCUACACACAAGUGCACUAUCGCCGAACUCCACACGCA